AGAUUGAACAAGUUAACAAAACAUAUUCUGUUUUUGUUGUAUUUUUAUUAUUUAUUAUGAACAUCCCUGGAUUAUAUUUUUCAAUCUAACGUCAGGAAUAACCAUCAGGAUCUUUUACGAAAUUGUUUGAAAGUUAAGACUUUUGUCUCUGACUAUUUUAAACAUUUAUUUUUGAAUUUAUGGAACAAUGCCUGUGAUUGUACUGGAAGCUCGAGAUUUCACAAGCCCAUUCUUCUUGGUCCGAACAUGGGUAAUCGUCUUUACCUGUGCCACGUUCAGCCUGGUUGCCUCUUUGGAUUUAGUGGAUUUAAACAAGGACCAAUCUCACCUCCAGACAUUGAAGACUUUUUGCAUGUUUAUUUGGUGCUUCUUCUUCUCCCUCACAGUAUUCAUCUAUAUUCUCACAACUAUUCAGUUCCACAGCCUCUUGCCAAUAUCAUGGAAGAAUUUCACAGUCACUGUUGCUGUUCUGGGAGCCUUAAUGUCCUUGAGUGCCGCUGUUAUUUUCCCAUGGUUUAUAAUGGACAACCAAACACCAACACCUCGUGCCAUAGCAACUGCCAUAACUUCCUGGCUCACCUUUUUGGGAUAUACAUUUGAAUCUUGGAUGCUUCAGUGCCAGACACAUGAACAAAGGGGGUACAUGGGGAGCAAACCAGGCCUGCUCAAGACUCUCCAAGUGUGGGGAGGAUGCCAGAUGAUUCCCUUGAUUGUCGAGGCCAUUCAUGUUAUGCCCAGUGAAAUCCACGGCUGGCAACUAUGGGUGUCUGUGGCCUCCUAUACCGCCUGCUUGGCUAUGUCUCUAAUAACACUAGUGGUGAUUCUGGGUGAUUUUGCAGCUCGGUGUUGUCUGCCUUUUGAUAGAUUUCUGGCUGGGUUUAGUCUUAUGGGAGUGUUCCUCUACAUGGUGGCUGCUGUAAUCUGUUUUACAAAGAUAUUGCAACUCAAAGACCCGCGACACAACCUGACACAACGUGUCGUGGAGUUGUUCAUUAUAGAGACAGUGGUUGCAAGUAUUACUUUGUUAGCCUACACUGUAGAUCUUGCCUUUUCUAUAAAACUGUUAUGUGAUAGGGGUCACUGAUAAACGUUAAACAAAAUCAUAUUGAACAAAC